AUGAAAGGCAACCAGACGGUGCUCACCGCACCGCCUGGCGCGGAGGAUAAGUCGCGAAAGGGCGCUGGCAAGGGCGGCGGCGACGGGCCCAAGGUGUUCGCUUUCGAUCGAUCGUACUGGUCAUUUGACAAGAAAGACCAGAAUUACGCCGGCCAGGACAAUCUCUUCGACGACCUGGGCACGCCGCUCCUCGACAAUGCCUUCAGCGGAUACAACAAUUGUAUUUUCGCCUAUGGUCAGACUGGUUCCGGAAAAUCAUACUCGAUGAUGGGUUAUGGCCAGGAGUAUGGUGUUAUCCCGCGUAUUUGUCAGUCGAUGUUCACUCGGAUCAACGACAUCCAACAAGACAAGAGCUUGAACGUCACGGUUGAGGUGUCAUACCUGGAAAUUUACAAUGAACGCGUUCGCGACUUGCUCAACCCUUCGAAUAAGGGCAAUCUCAAAGUCCGUGAGCAUCCAUCGACCGGUCCAUAUGUGGAGGAUCUGGCGAAGCUGGUUGUUCGCUCUUUCGACGAAAUCGAUCAUUUGAUGGACGAGGGUAACAAGGCUCGAACGGUGGCAGCGACGAACAUGAACGAAACCUCCAGUCGAUCUCACGCCGUGUUUACUUUGACUCUCACGCAAAAACGCCACGAUGCGGAGACCUCGAUGGACACGGAGAAGGUGUCGAAGAUCAGUUUGGUCGAUUUGGCUGGUUCCGAGAGAGCAAACUCGACCGGUGCCACGGGUGCCCGUUUGAAGGAAGGUGCUGAGAUCAACAGAUCUCUGUCUACCCUCGGUCGUGUCAUUGCUGCGUUGGCCGAUGUCUCGUCUGGCAAGCUCAAAAAGGCAUCCAUGGUACCAUAUCGUGAUUCAGUACUCACUUGGCUACUGAAGGACUCCUUGGGAGGUAACUCAAUGACUUCUAUGAUCGCAGCAAUUUCGCCUGCGGAUAUCAACUUUGACGAGACCCUCAGUACGCUACGGUAUGCCGACUCCGCCAAACGAAUCAAGAACCACGCAGUUGUGAACGAGGAUCCGAACGCUCGCAUGAUUCGAGAACUUAAGGAGGAAUUGGCACAGCUACGGUCCAAACUUGGAGGUGGUGUUCCAGGAGGAGUUCCUGGGGCCCCUGGGGCGAUGCAAGAAGAAUAUUAUCCUCCCGACACCCCAUUGGAGAAGCAAAUGGUUUCCAUCCAGCAAGCCGACGGUACAGUCACCAAAGUCAGCAAAGCUGAGAUUGUGGAGCAGCUUAACCAGAGUGAGAAGCUGUACAAAGAUCUCAAUCAGACAUGGGAGGAGAAACUACAAAAGACAGAGGAGAUUCACAAGGAACGUGAGCAGGCUCUCGAGGAACUUGGUAUCAACAUCGAGAAGGGUUUCAUCGGAUUGAGCACUCCGAAAAAGAUGCCCCAUUUGGUCAACCUUAGCGACGAUCCAUUGCUCGCCGAGUGUCUGGUCUACAACAUCAAGCCAGGUACUACGACAGUUGGUCACAUGGACCAGGGAAACAGCGUUGAGAUUCGACUGAAUGGCUCGAAGAUUCUCACGAAGCACUGUACAUUUGAGAAUGUCGACAAUGUUGUGACUAUUGUUCCGACGGAAGGUGCCGCUGUUAUGGUCAACGGUCUACGCAUCGACAAGCCCACGCGACUCAAGAGUGGAUUCCGAAUUAUCCUGGGUGAUUUCCACAUUUUCCGUUUCAAUCACCCACAAGAGGCUCGUGCCGAACGAGUAGAACAAAGCUUGCUACGACACUCCGUGACAACGAGCCAACUCGGAUCACCAGCGCCAAACAAGACCCAUGAUCGCUCGCCUAGCAAAGUCGGGUCCGAGGUGGAUGGUGAUUCUAGCAGGGCAGAUUCUCCGAUGCCCUCGCAACGUGGGAGGGAAUCCGAUUGGUUCCUUGCUCGACGAGAAGCCGUCAGUGCUAUGUUGGGCCCGGAUCAUAUCUCUCAUUUGCCCGACGAUGAGCUAGACGCUUUAUUCGAGGAUGUGCAAAAAGCGCGAGCAGUACGUCGCGGGCUUCCUGAGAACGAAGAAGACUCGGACUCGCUGAGCUCUUUCCCGGUGCGCGAUAAGUACAUGUCUAAUGGAACGAUCGACAAUUUCUCUCUCGAUACGGCUAUCACUAUGCCAGGCACGCCACGGCAAACUGACGACGAUGGGUCGAAUGGUGUCUCUCUCAAAUCAGUCCAGAAGGACAUGCAGCGUCAGCUUGAUCGGCAACGAGAGGAUUUUCAGGACAAAUUGCGGCUCGCGGAGACUUCAUCUAAUCAAGACGUGGGUGAACUGCAAACAGAGAAACAACGCAUGGAAGACGCCCUGCGGACGGCCAAGGAGGAGUUCGAAGAGCAAUUGAGGGUGCAAAAGGAAACCUUUGAAACGCAGAUGCGUGAUAUGGGCAAACCGAUCCCGCAAAUAUACGAGAACGGGUUCGCCAAGUUGGACGAGCGCGAGCUUGGGAUUGCACGAACCGUAUUCACUCAUUGGUCGCAGCGCAACUACGUUCGUAUGGCUGAGAAGAUCCUGCAACACGCCUCUCUCCUCAAGGAAGCGCAGGUCAUGAGUCAAAUCAUGGAUAAGAAUGUGGUUUUCCAAUUCGCUGUUGUUGACCAUGGCCAUAGCAUGGCUUCUUCAUAUGAUCUCGUGCUGAAUGGGAUCUCUGGCGACGAGGACAUUGUGCUGGAAGAGACGAAGAAGCCCUGCGUUGGCGUUCGGGUCAUUGACUACAAGCAAUGUGUGAUUCACUUGUGGUCGAUUGAGAAACUCCAGCGCCGCGUACAGUCUAUGCGCCAACUACACCAGUAUAUCGACCGGCCGGACUACAUACAACAUUUCAAACUUGACAAUCCGUUUUCUGAGCCCUGCUCACCGCAGUAUUCCCUCAUCGGUGAUGCAGAUAUCCCCUUGACUGCUGUUUUCGAAACUCGGGUUCAAGACUUCUCCAUCGAGAUCACUUCGCCUUAUACCCAGAGUGUCAUCGGCAUUAUUCGCCUAUCUCUUGAACCAUCUUCUGCACAAGCCCCUUCGUCCACUCUAAAGUUUAAUGUCGUCAUGCGGGAUAUGGUCGGGUUCGCCGAAUGGGAAGGAUCUGACGUUCACGCACAGCUUUUCGUUCCAGGAAUCUCAGAGGAAGGCGGCGCGACCACCACGCAGAUGAUCAGCGGGUUUGAAGAGAGCGCUGUCCGGUUUGAAAGUGUGCAUAGCAUGAGUCUACCAUUGUCAAGUCCGCGGUCCGCCGCGCUGAAGGUCUGUGUCUACGCUCGUGUGACGUCGGUUCACCUUGACAAGCUGCUUAGCUGGGAUGAUAUGCGGGAUUCAGCAGAGAUCACACCCAAGAAGCGCACUGCUCCUCGGAUUGCAGAGUCAGAGUUCUACUCGGAGGAGCGACAUGAUGUUUUUGCCCGAGUUCAAAUCCUUGAGAUGGCUGAGUCUGGCGAGUACCUUCCUGUGGAGGUUGUUCAGAACAGUCCCCUUGACGCCGGCACAUACCAACUCCACCAAGGAUUGCAGCGUCGUGUUUCGAUCAACAUGACUUAUAGCUCGACCGAAAGCCUGCCGUGGGAUGAUAUUGCCAAUGCGCGUGUCGGUUCCGUUCGCCUUCUCGACCCGUGGGGUAAAAUCCCCGACCAGGAUCUUCAGACCCCGGAUGUUCCUCUCAAGUUCCUCCAGGAACCGAUGGUCAAGGACAAUGCCGAUGGCACUUCAAAUGUCACGAUCGUGGGACAGUGGGACUCGAGUUUGCACGGCUCUCUGCUCCUUGACCGAGUAACCGCAGACAAGUAUCGAGUCCAGGUCACUGUUCGCUGGGACCUCGUCUCGUCCCGUCUUCAGACCCCUGUCGUGUUCGAGGUCGACCAGACUCUGCAAAUUCUGGGACGUACCUACGUUCGUCAGCAGUCGAUGUUCAAGCAACUCUGGAGCUCUACGCGAGUUGUGCACUCGACUACGCAAAUGUACUCUCUAGUCAUCCGCCCAAUCUCUGCCAAACGUGCGGCCGAUCUCUGGCGCAUGAACACACAAAAUGACUACGUCAAGGGAGAGGAGCUAUUGACGACAUGGGCACCCCGCAAGGUCUCGCUGGUUCGGGAUUACAUUGCCGCUCGCAAACGCCGGUACCGACUGGCUGAGCUUCAUGCUGCCCGUGGGGCACUCAGUGCCGGCAGCCUCAUGGCUUCUCCAGCCCGCAGCGGACGAUCAACACCUAUGCGCAACCAGGAUCUCAACGAGCGGAAAUCUAAGCUGCUUCGCAAGUACCUCGAUCUUUGGUCAACCAAGAAGGACCCUACCGAUGCCAUCCUAGUCCGGAGCAACACUGAGCCCCCUGCCGACGGCGCAGCCAUCGCAGCGCAACGCAAGUCGAAUGGCACUGACGCCGCCAACAAAAUUUUGCUCAAGCCGCGUUUCGUAGCCACCAUUCAAACUCUCCCAAAGAACCCUUCCGCCCUGAAGUCGGGCUAUGUGCUCACUCCUGAUGACACCAACAGUGUCUGGGUUCGACGGUUCGUGGAGCUCCGCCGGCCGUAUCUUCACAUCUACUCCGCCGAUGGAGAUGAAAUCAACGCUAUCAACCUACGCAACUCCCGUGUCGACCACGCGCCCGACUUUGCCAGACUACUUGAUGGAUCUGGUGCCGGUGCUGAUCGCUCACUCUCUGCCAAGGGCCGGCCCAAUAUCUUCGCCGUCUACGGGACCCAGAACACCUUCCUUUUCGCCACGCGCACCGAAGCGCAAAAGGUGGAAUGGAUCCUAAAGAUUGACGAGAGCUACUUCAGCAGCAACGGCGGCAGCGCAGUAGCCAGCAGCGACGAGCGGUAA